AUGGCGAGAGGCGGAGGCGGAGGUAAGCUAACGAAGCUCAAGUCCGUGUUAAAGAAGUGGCACUCCUUCGGAAAACCUUCAGUGCGUAGCACCGGUGGCAAUGCUAUUGCCGCCGACCCAAGACAUUGCCACGCUGUGUACGUCGGAAAAUCACGCCGGCGUUACCAUAUAAGCUCUGAGGUGGCGGAGCAUCCCGUGUUUCAGGAGCUGGUGGAACGUUCCGGCGAUGGAGAGACGGUGGAUUGUGAGGUGGUUCUGUUCGAACACUUGUUAUGGAUGCUUGAAAAUGCAGACCCUCAACCGGAUUCUUUGGAGGAUUUGGUGGAUUUGUAUGCUUGCUAA